AACCCAACCAAAACCUAAUAUAUAUAUAUACACGUCUGUACAGUUUUCUUUUUCUCCCCAACCAACCCUCCUUUUGUUUCUCCCAGACAAUAUAUGUGUACGCAUUGAUCACAUGGGGAGAAAUAUGAGAACGGAGAAAAUCGCCGCCGUUGAUGGCUGUUCUUCCACCUUUGGCGGCGGUGGCCGGGAGUUGCAUGUCCUUGCCGUCGACGAUAGCUACGUGGAUAGGAAGGUCAUUGAGAAGAUGCUGAAGAUUUCUUGCUGUAAAGUGACAGCAGUAGAUAGUGGUAGCAGGGCUCUGCAGUAUUUGGGGUUGGAUGGAGAGGAGAGCUCUGUUGCAACUGAUGGUCUGAAGGUGAAUCUGAUAAUGACAGACUAUUCAAUGCCUGGGAUGACAGGAUAUGAACUCCUUAAAAAGAUCAAGGGUUCGUCAGCAUUGAGGCAAAUCCCCGUUGUGGUAAUGUCAUCCGAAAAGAUUUUAGCCCGCAUUGAUAGUUGUCUGGAGGAAGGGGCUAAAGAGUUUCUCAUGAAGCCCGUUAAGCUGUCUGACGUGAAGCGUGUGGUAGAUUUCAUACUGAGAGGCGAGGAGGAUGGCAAAGAGACAGAAUCAACGACGGAUAACACGCCAUUAUCUCCAGAGUCGUAUCUCGCUAACAUUGCCAGAAUCUCUCUCGACGCAUCCAACAGAACAUAGUUGGAUGCGUUUCGCCUUGGGCUAUACAGGUUGAUUGAUUCACCCUUGCAGCUUUGGAGUUGUGUUUUGCUGAGAUACUAUUCUAUAGUUGCAACUACUUGUACAUGCCUGGCUAGUAGAGAUGCUAUAUUCAACACCCUUUGGAAGUAGAUGGGGAAAGUAGAGGAGGAAAUACUCACAUUAUUAGUUCAAAUGUUCUGAACAUUUAGUCCAAUCAUUAUGAGGUUUUUAUUUAUUUAGUUAGUUCAUACAGAAUAACAUUUUUUUUAAUACAGAAUAACAUUUUUAGUUCAAUUAUU